CCGUGUCGAUUUCAACCUACGUCCAUGCCUGCCAGUAUCCUGAGUGUAUCGAACACGUCUUUAUGUCGAAACCGCGCAAAUCCACCCUUGCCUCCUUCAUCGCCCCCCGAGUAUGAUCGGCCCACCAAUCGUGUUUCGGCUGCGGCUGACGACCAACUAGAGAUGAAUCCCCCAGGGUCUAUUCAUGACCUCAGCUACCUAGCAAUCCGCUCGACCAGGUAUUUGACAACUAAGCUGGACUGA